CUCUUCUCCCAUUGGUUUUUUCAAAAUCCCUAUAAAAGCUGUAUGAGGUUGAAAUAAUCCAGUCUUUUCAAAACUCUCAAAAUCACCUGUUUAUCGUCGUUUUGCAUCUCUGUUACAUGUAAGGGGUGCCAAAAUGGUUCCUUCAGGGUCUUCAAAACUACCGCUGCAGCUGAAUCCGUGGGAAAACCAUGCUCUUGAUUACCAAUUUCCAUCCCCGCCUGACAGUCACGUUGGAGGUGGCAACAGUUCCCCUGCUGCUUGGAAACAACUUCAGGAUUCCGUGAUAUAUCCUGGCAUUUACUCGGCUAGCGGGCUAGAUGUGAUGGGCAUCUUGCUCCGACUUGUGUCUCGACCAAACCCCGGCAUUGAACUCGGCCCUCUCGACUGUUCCGUCUCGCUCACAUUAUGCGAUCUCAGCUUACCAAAUCUACCCAUCAUCUAUGCCUCCCCGGGAUUCUACGAGUUGACUGGCUACUCUGCCUCGGAAACCCUUGGUAGAAACUGUCGAUUUCUACAACACCCUCCCUAUGCAAACCAGACAGCCGGAUCAGGGGUGUCUUCAGAACUCGCCGAGCCCGUCACAAAGAUGCGAUGGGCAAUCCAAGCCCAUCAAGAAGUCCGAGUGGAAGUCGCCAACUACAAGAGAAACGGGAAACGAUUCACCAACAUCGUCACUGUAAUUCCGUUACUCCCAGACGCUGACGGACAUCAUUAUGCCGUCGGGUUACAAGCCGAAGUAUGAAAAAAACCACAACCCCUUCUGGAGAUGUUGGGGACGCUACAUAUGACGAAAGCCCCCUUUGGAAGUAAUCACUUCCUUCCAACUUUCACCUAUAAACGACUACUAGAUAUACACGACAUCGUACCUGCGAAAUUUUUUGGGCGUAUCUUCAUUCAAGUUUGCAUAUGACGUCUUUCUUUGGCGCGCUUGGAUUCCGGAUCAUGAAUAUACCUGACGCAUAGUUGAUAAUCUUUUUUUAUAGCAGCGUUGAAAGACUUUUUGUUUCUUUUUCUUUUUCCUUUUCUGAUUUAAUGUUACUGCAUAAUAUGGGACGAACACGAACACGAGCAUGGAUAUGGAUGAUUCUUCUCUUUUGUUGUGGGGCUUUAUAUAACGGCAUGAUAAUUUAUGAUUUCUUCUCCUA